AUGGAAGAAAAGGUGGUGGAACUAACGCACAAUUGGAGUGCGGAGCAGUGGGAUUGGCCCUUACAGCACAACGAUGAGGUGAUUAAAAUAACCAACACGAAUGACAAGUUUGAAGUCGGUUUGGAUGCAUCAUUCUUCACGCCGAAGGAAAUCGAGGUAAAAGUUGCUGGCGAUAAUCUGGUCAUUCACUGCAGACAUGAAUCACGUGCCGAGCAUUAUGGAGAAAUUAAACGUGAAAUUAGUCGUACCUAUAAGCUUCCGUCGGAUGUAGAUACGAAGACUCUGACAUCAAAUUUGACCAAGCGAGGACAUUUGGUCAUCGCUGCCAAAAAGAAAGCAUGA